UUGUGAUUGUGGACUGUCGAACAAAAUUGAUAAGUUUGUUUUGUCUCCAAAAAUCUGGUUACAUUUUAUAAAUUUUACACAGACAUGUGAUAAGCAAUGCAUGAAAAAAGUAUACAUUUACAAAAUAUCAUGUAAAUAACGCGCCAGCGCUAUGUUAGUUGGGUCGAUUGUGGUGUAAAAGUUAGAAGUGUUACAUUUGGAUUUUCAAUCACACGGUUACAUGCAAGUGGUUUUUAUGAGAACCAUCAGUUUUCGCCUUUAAAUUGUUACGUGUACGCAGCGGGAAUGACAAUAAUGGCAGUUUCUGUUGGAGAAAUUUGCGAGAACACGAAGCUGGCAAGAGAAAUGGCUCUAAUGGGCAACUACGAAUCCGCGUUGGUGUACUAUGAAGGGACAGUGCAGAUGAUCCACAGAUUGUUGAUAACUAUAGCAGAUCCUACACGGAAAUCCAAAUGGCAACUAGUCCAGAAACAAAUGGCCCGGGAGUACGAGCAGCUGAAAGCCACCGUCGCCACGUUGCAGAUGUUCCAGCAUGACGGAGAGAAGGCGAUCACACCGUUGACAGGAAAUUUUGAAGACUACCCAACGAGAGAUCAAAUGUGGGCGCCGGCGCCGCACGAGAUAGACCCCGACAUAUGGCCCCCGCCCCCCGACAGAGACCCCAACGCGUGGCCGCCCCCCACCAGUGUUGAACACAAAGGACCGCCAUCCAUGAAAUCUGCCCGCAACAAUCCCCGGACCGCCCGCGCGGACCCCAAAAGGACCCCGGCGACGGCGAGGAACGCAACCACAUCGCAUCGGAAGACUUCGGACGUUAGAAACCCUAAAAUGGCCGCCAAGGCACAUAGUGCAAAGACAAAAGACUCGAACAUCAAAGACCACGGCGGGGGCAACAACAAGGAGAAACAAGACAGAGACAACAAUAACGGAGACACGGACGACGAGAAGCACAAGGAGGAGGAGAGGCGGUUCGAGCCUGCGUCCGCGGCGGACGGGGAUCUAGUCGAUAUGCUCGAACGCGACAUUGUACAAAAGAACCCCAACAUAAGAUGGGACGACAUCGCAGAUCUGUCUGAAGCGAAGCGGUUGUUAGAAGAGGCGGUUGUCUUACCCAUGUGGAUGCCUGACUUUUUUAAGGGCAUCCGGCGACCGUGGAAAGGCGUCCUGAUGGUGGGUCCCCCGGGAACCGGCAAGACCAUGCUCGCCAAAGCCGUGGCCACAGAGUGCGGCACCACCUUCUUCAAUGUUUCCUCGUCAACGCUCACCUCGAAAUACCGUGGAGAAUCGGAGAAACUAGUCCGGUUGCUGUUUGAAAUGGCGCGGUUCUACGCACCGAGCACGAUAUUCAUCGACGAGAUAGACUCGCUGUGUUCCCGCCGCGGCUCCGACAGCGAGCACGAGGCGUCCCGCCGCGUCAAGAGCGAGCUGCUCGUGCAGAUGGACGGGCUGGGAUCCGCCACGGAUGAGCCCGCCAAGGUGGUUAUGGUCCUAGCUGCAACGAAUUUCCCCUGGGACAUAGACGAGGCGCUGCGCAGGCGGCUCGAGAAGCGAAUCUACAUACCGCUGCCCACGCAGGAGGGACGCGAGGCAUUACUACAUAUAAACCUUAGGGAGGUGAAGGUGGACCCCGAAGUGGACCUCAAGAGCAUUGCCAGAAAGCUUGACGGUUACUCCGGAGCCGAUAUCACUAAUGUUUGCAGAGAUGCAUCAAUGAUGUCGAUGCGACGCAAAAUAGCCGGCCUCAAACCGGAACAGAUAAAACAACUAGCCAAGGAGGAACUCGACCUGCCAGUAACGAGGCAGGACUUCCUCGAAGCGUUAGCCAAAUGCAACAAAUCAGUUUCCAAAGGGGACAUACAGAAAUAUCUCACCUGGAUGGACGAAUUCGGAUCUUCCUGAUUGACGUAGACGCCAGCCACAACGUGAUCCAAACAAAACGGUCAAUGUUCCACACCCCAUUAACACGCGGAUAACACUGAAGAAAAAAAAAUUUCAACUAUGGAAUCUUAGUACCGUGCUUUUUCGAAUAUGGAAGCAUUUCCGUUGUGAUAACCCAUAUGGCUCGAUUGAGAAUUGCCUUAUAGACUAAGAUGUUCGGACUGUUUCAGUAUUAAUUAAAUUGAUAGUGGCAUAUCCUAAUUAAGUAAAACAUAUUUAAAUCAUUCCGUAUAUAAAUAUGCUUUCGGUGUAAUUGAUUUCACCCCGCCCCAUGUAAUAAUUUGUGACAAUGAUUUCUAAUUGCGUUAGGCGGAUGCUAUACAACAUGGCUACUUUUAUGUGGAACCACGUGUGCGACCGACUUGUACAAAGUUCUGAGACCCUUUGUUAAAAACUGACACUGCUGUGCAAUUGUGUCCGGGUUUAAGGACAAUUAUUUCUAACAGAAGAUGCAAGAGAACUAACUAGCCAUGUGCACACAAUGUAGAUAUAUGUUGACAGUAGGAAAUGGGUACAGUUUGCCAUCACAUUUCAGGCUAUUGGACACACAGUGAUCUUUGUACUUAAACUAGGAUAAAUUUGAUAUGAUGAUAAUUUUAUGCCAUAACUAAGUUAUAUUGUCGUUUUUAUAGAUUUUUUUAAUCAAAAUAACAACAUUAUGUUACAUUAUGAUAUUUUGAAUAUAUUUGGCAUUUAUUGUAGAUUUCGCUCAAUUAAAAUUAUGAAUUUAUUUGUUUGGAUUUCAUACUUUGAAAGACCAAAAUCCACCUUAGUGCAUGUAUUUAGUAAAUCAUUUUCUUAGAUCAUAAUUUUCCUACAGGAGAAUGAAAGCAAUAUUAUUUAAAUUAAAACACAUUAUCAGGCGUAGUCCCCAUAAUUUGAGAAGAGAAAAUAUUGGUGUAACAAAUGUAAUUGGUAAAUAAAUAAUAUUUUUGCAAACAUCUUAACAAUCUGUAACAUUGAAAAUAAAAUAAUUUUAAAUA